UUUUUUUUUUUUAGUUUAGUUCAUAUUUUGAAAACAGACCUACACAAUUUGUAAAACAAAAAAUAUGGAGCCUUUUUUUUGGUUUGGAUUUUGUAAAAUUUUUUAGAUGGUUAUGCAAAACUUUUUUUUCUUUUUUCAAUUUUAAUUAUGCACAGAUUAUGCAAAAAAUAAAUAAAUCCUAUAAUAAUAUACUUUUAAAAAGUAAUAAAAUGUUAUGUUGAUUAUGCAUAAGAAACCAUUGAUCAAAUAAAUUUAGGUAUGCACAAUAUACGCAUUAAUGGUCAACAUUUGAGACUUUUUAAUCAAUAUUUAAUUGUGUAAACUUUUUUUUUUAUAUGAUCUUAUUUUUUCAAGUAUUUAAUAAUCAAUAAAAAAUCAUUUAAUAGCACUGUUAAAUGUACUUGCUAUCAAAUAACAGAAUUAAUAUGCAUUUUUCACAUACAUGUACAAUAUUUGAAUGUUGUAAUAUCUACAUUUUUAAUUGUUAUUGUAAUGUUGCAGUGCACAAAUUCACUUGUAAUCGAAUUUUCAUGUGUCAUUAUCUGCCAAAAUGACUUUAGGGUUACUCAGCAUUAGCAUAAUUUUAUCAUGCCUGUUUAAAUUUUAAAUGUAUUUUGUACAAAUAAAAGAUUUAAAUCUGCAUUCAGAGAGAUGAAUAACUAGACCUUGUUAGACCUGUGUAACACAACAUACUGGGAGAUGGCCUCUGAUGAACUCUGCACGAACAGUUCAUCUGGGGCCUGAACGCUGUUAUAUAAGCAUUAGCUACUCUGUGCCACGGACUCUUUAAUGGUCAGGUCUUGUCAUUAUCCCAUUAGCUGUAGAUAUUUUAAGGUGCCACCACUUUUUAUUGGUACCUGGAUGUAAUAGUUUCAGACAUUCAGUAUCCAGUGCUGUCACUGUGUGCGGAGGCCAGUGUACACCUCGUCAUCAGAGCUGACGGGCCAGCAAUCGCCUGGACCAGCAACGGGACAGAAGGUGUGUGAGGGCCAUGGGGAACACACACGCAAGUCUGGACGACAUCCUCGCUGAGGACAUGCACCACUGGUAUAACAAGUUCAUGAGGGAGUCUCCAUCAGGCCUGAUCACACUUUUUGAACUCAAAUCCAUCCUGGGACUGCAGGGCAUGAAUGAGGACGCCAGCAGUUAUGUGGACCAGGUGUUCUUCACUUUCGACAUGGAUGGGGAUGGAUACAUAGAUUUUGUGGAAUAUAUCGCUGCCAUCAGCUUAAUGCUCAAGGGGGAAAUCAACCAGAAACUGAAAUGGUACUUCAAACUUUUUGACCAGGAUGGCAAUGGAAAAAUUGACAAGGAUGAACUGGAAACAAUAUUUACUGCUAUACAAGACAUUACAAGAAAUCGUGACAUUCUGCCAGAGGAAGUAGUGGCUCUUAUAUUUGAAAAGAUUGAUGUUAACGGAGAAGGUGAACUGACGCUGGAAGAGUUCAUUGAAGGAGCCAGAGAUCAUCCGGACAUCAUGGAUAUGCUGAAGAAACUGAUGGACCUCACUCCAGUCCUGAUCAUUAUUGUCGAAGGGCGACAGAAACCGAUCAAUGCAAGUUAAGCAGGCUAAACUCCAUCAGAGAAACCAGAAACAUUCCCCGCCUGAAAACAAAAUGAAAGUGGAGUUUGGUAGUCCCACUCUUGAGGAACCGAUGUAGCUUCCCACAGCUCCUGUGUGAUUUCCUCAACAGAGAAUUCUCAGGGAAACUUUUGUCCAAGCAUGGUGGUGUCUGACCCCAGUGGAGAUACCAAGCCUUGCAUCGGAGCUGUCCUCAGCUGAACAUUAAUCUUCUAAUGCUGUAAGGGAUUCAAGAGACUUGGCAAAGCUUAGAAGUGAGCAGUGUGGUGCUUUUUAAGGAAAGGCUCAGUAGAGCACAUCAUAUAAUCCAUGUACUUGUGCUUGAGCUGUUUAUGGCAUGACUAUAUUGCUCUGGGAGGGAACUCUGACACAGUCCAUUGCCGAUGUGGCCUGAAUUGCACUAAGAACUGGGAAAUGAACAAUGUAUAUACAGCAACGGUUCUCAGUUGGUUUUUGCCUACAUUUUACAUUGCACAUCAAAUGGCAAUCCAAAAACAACAACAAAAAAUGUACCUGUAAAUCAAACAUUUCUGGAGAAUGUUGUAUUCAACAUAAUAUUUCAAUGAACUGUUUCCUACAUUGGUAACCUGACCAGGCUGAAUGGGAAAUAUAACUAUUUGA